CUCUUUGUAUUGCUAGAUGACAAUGCUGAGGCUCUUGGUAAAAGGCGCUGUUCAGGGGAUCAAAGCAGCAGAUAGUUGUGAGGAUGCUCGGAAAGAGCAUACUAGUCCUGACGAGGCUACAAGUUUAGCUGCUCAUUCUCAUGAAAGGAGGAGAAAAGAGGAAGAAGGAGGGUCCCAUAUAUAUAAACAAGGCAGUCAACAAAGUGCUGAUCCACUAAAAGAUACUCCCAAGCUACAACAACUUAUGGCUUUUCCAAUACUAGAUGGGUAGUAAAAUUAACAUUCUUACGAAAAUUGGUGUUCGCUACAAUGUUUUUGGACCAUUCCUGCUAAAUGAUGAUGAUGGAUCUGUAACGGAUGCCCUGAAGGAGUCGUGUAUGAGAGAUCGCAUGCAAUCAACCUAGAAAUUUCGAAACUGUGGUUGCAAGGUAAAGGGAAAUUGCCGAUAACAUGGGCCACCUUUCUCAGUGUAUUGAAGGAAAUGGAUAUGAAAGCCCUUGCCUUGGAUAUUGAGUCAUCUCUCCUGGGUAAGUCGUCCCCCCAGGGGCGACACUAAUUAUUAUUCUUCAAACAGUGUACAUAACUGUCUCUCUGUCAAAAAGUUAAUUGUAGAUUGUUAAUAUUAUACUUACCAU